AUGUUGAGUAUCCCUGUUUUCGUAGGUUUCCAUCCCAUUACAUUUCCAAACCCCAGAAUGACCUCCAUUAGACCUCAUUUCGACAACCCCGAGCUUAUUAGAGACGCCGCCUUCGUUAACGGCGAAUGGGUGCGCUCUUCCGGUUCCACUUUCGAGGUUACAGAUCCAGCUACAGGCCAAGUCAUUGCUAAGCUACCGGACCAACCCGUUGCGGUGGUAGACGAAGCCAUUGAAGCCGCUUCCAAUGCGUUCAAAAGUUACCGCAAGACUACAACUCGUCAGCGUUCCGCAUGGCUUAGAAACUUGUUCAAUCUCAUGACCGAAAACGCACAAGAUUUGGGUAAAAUUGUGAGCUGGGAAAACGGAAAACCGCUGGCAGAAGCCGUUGGUGAAGUUAAAUAUGCGGCGUCUUAUUUUGAAUGGUUCGCAGAAGAAGCUCCUCGUGUCUACGGAACUGUGAUCCAACCAGCUAACCCAAGCAACCGUGUCUUCACAGAACGUGUCCCCGUAGGCGUAUGCGGUAUUGUAUGUCCUUGGAACUUCCCCAGCGCAAUGAUCACACGCAAAGCUGCACCUGCGUUCGCUGCAGGUUGCACCGUCGUGCUAAAACCAGAUUCACAAACACCGCUUUCUGCGCUCGCACUCGCAUACCUUGCGCAAAAAGCAGGUUUCCCUCCCGGCGUCUUCAACGUGGUGCUUUCACAUACCAAGACACCUGAAUUCGGAUUAAAACUGUGCAAGUCUCCCAAAAUUCGCAAAGUUUCGUUCACGGGUUCAACCGCUGUAGGUAAAAUCCUCAUGCAACAAUCGGCAUCGACUUUGAAAAAACUGUCUAUGGAACUCGGAGGCAAUGCGCCUUUCAUCGUUUUUGAAGACGCAGAUUUGGACGCCGCAGUCGCGCAAGCACUCGCAUGCAAAUUCAGAGGUAUGGGUCAAACUUGCGUAUGUGCAAACCGUCUUUACGUUCAAAGAACUGUGAUGGACAAAUUCUCAGCAAAACUCGCAAAUGAAGUUAGCAAAUUCGUCAUUGGCCCUGGACUUCAGGACAAUGUUACACAUGGUCCGCUCAUCAACGCCAAAGCUAUCCAAAAAGUCGAAGAACACGUCCAAGAUGCUACAGAAAAGGGUGCCAAAGUGGUUCUUGCCGGUGGUCGCUUGCCCGAACUAGGUGACAAUUUUUACGCGCCCACAAUCCUGUCUAACGUGCCCAGCAACGCAAGGGUCAAUUCAGAGGAAACAUUCGGACCUCUCUGUGCGAUUACUGCGUUUGACACGGCAGAAGAAGUCGUGAAAUAUGCCAACGAUACCGAACUCGGACUUGCGUCUUACGUCUUUUCUAAGAAUAUUGAUACCGUUUACACCGUGGCAGAAGCGCUUGAGGCAGGCAUGGUCUCUUGUAACACGGGGCUAUUCAGUGAGGCUAGUAUCCCAUUUGGUGGUGUCAAAGAAUCCGGGUUUGGAAGAGAGGGUUCAUUGCAUGGUAUCGAAGACUAUACCGUACUUAAGACCAUCACAAUUGGUGGACUACCUGAAAGGCUGUAA